AUGAGUGACGAAGGAAAAUUGGAAAAAAUGGAAAAGGACUUUAGUCCUCAAGUCGAUGCAUUGUUGCCUGAAACCGAACAAUUGGCUAGGAACGGCCAAUUGAACGAAGCUUUGGAUAAGCUGCUGGCAGUGGAAAAGCAAGCCCGUAACGCGGCCGAUCAAGCGUCCACCGGUCGUAUUCUCGUGCAUGUGAUCAAGCUGUGCUUUGAAGUCAAGGAAUGGAAACUGCUCAAUGAACAAAUCAUUCUCUUGUCAAAGAAGCAUGGUCAAUUGAAAGCAGCUACCACGAAGAUGGUUCAGGAGGCCAUGUCAUAUCUGGAUGAGACCCCCGACAUGGAAACUAAGCUCGAAUUGAUCGAUACACUUCGCACAGUCACAGAUGGAAAGAUCUAUGUCGAAGUGGAACGUGCGCGUAUCACUCGAUUACUUUCAAAGAUUCGUGAAGAUCAAGGCAAAGUGAAUGAAGCAGCAGAUAUUCUUCAAGAACUUCAGGUUGAAACGUUUGGUUCGAUGGAACGUCGUGAAAAGACCGAUUUUAUUUUGGAACAAAUGCGUCUUUGUCUGGCCAAGCACGACUAUGAUCUUAAAUUGCGUUACUACGAUUUAAUGAUUCAGCACGCAUUGCAUGAAAAUCAAUAUCUGAAUAUCCACAAGUUUUAUAAGCAAGUCUAUGACUCGGAAACGAUUCAACAAGAUGAAGCCAAGUGGAAAGAGGCAAGUUUCAAUCAUCCGUCGGGGAUGGCUUUACAAAAUGCCGUGCUCUUUAUCGUAUUAUCGCCUUAUGACAAUGAACAAUCCGAUCUUUUGCACAGAACUUUCCAAGACCCUCACCUUGCACAAAUCCCGCUAUACAACGAACUCACAAAGUGUUUUGUGACGACCGAAUUGAUGCGAUGGUCUGCUAUUGAGGAAGUGUAUGGCCACCAUUUGCAACAGACCAUGAUUUUCGACAAAUCAUCAGAGGAGGGAAGAAAGAGAUGGGAGGAACUUCAUCAUCGUGUCAUUGAACACAAUAUCCGCGUUAUCGCAAAAUACUACACACGAGUGAGCACCAAGCGUCUGACUCAACUUUUGGAUCUGAGCGAAAAGGAUACUGAGGAAUUCUUGUCCAAGUUGGUGGUAUCCAAGACGAUCUAUGCACGAAUUGAUCGUACGGCGGGGCUCGUGUCAUUCAAGGUGAAGAAGGACGCUAAUCAAGUAUUGAACGAUUGGUCGAGCGAUAUCAACUCGUUGCUGAAUUUGGUGGAGAAGACAUGUCACUUGAUUUCAAAAGAAGAGAUGGUGCACAGCAUUGCCAAAGUGAUGUAA